GUUGGCAUAGAACUCCGUAGGUGCCACUAAUUCCUCUGACGGGCACAACUUGUCUACCUGCUAAAACGAACACAUGCAGUAGUUUUGCCAUUAGCUUAUGAUAGGGCUCACCCUUCGCUUGACGUGAUGUUUUAUACAGUAAUAUUAACUGAUCAAGUCAUAUAUGAUGAUGAGCAAGUUUGUGCUCGAAACAUCAUCAGUUAAUAUUACUGUAUGACACUGUGAUUUAUCAAAAUAAAAUCUUAUCUAUAGUGGAAUUAUAGUCUACAACAGUGCCCAAGUUUUGUACUUAUAUUAAUCAUAUGUUUUGUUGGGGCGUAUGUCGAGACUAUGGUAAGUCGUCAGUGGAUAUCGCAGUCUUCCCUUUUAGCAAAUCUGUUCAGAUGAACACAAUGUGCGACUUAACAUUGGGGUCCAACCAAGUUGAGAUUUUUCUUCCCCAGCACUCAAAACCACGGCUUCACCUAUAAAUCUUCGCGAACUGGCCAAGACAUCUCUUGAAAUCCAUUGAGUGAAUUUUUCAGAACUAUUUUAUUAGCCAAGGGAAGUGAACAGUCAUACUUAGACCUUGCAUGCGUGUCUUAGAAAUACAACCGUGACACGCGACGCCAGAGUUCUGGCAAAUGUAGCAUGUUGUCCGAUUUGGCAGACAGUCUUGAUGUUGAAUACUCCAAUCUCUAGUUAGCAACGCGGUUUUACGAGACUAUCAGUAGUAUUUUUCAGGCUCUUGUUGCAAUGAAUGGUCGCCGAGAUAAGAGAUGAGGGACGUAUUUGUGGAACUGCGGCAAUAAAGUAAGAUUAUGGAAGUUAGGGAGAUGAAGGUGAGUAACUAGGAAAGUUUUGUGCGUGGCUGUCGCCCAACUCAACUCCUUGGGUAAUUCGGAACUCGACCACACAUAAACGGCUCUACAUGACUGUUAUUUUGCCUCAUCAUGGGUAACUUUCCAUUUUUGUUCGGAUUAUGAACUACUUGGUAACACUUAAAAUAUUACAUUGAUUGCUUUAUGAAUAAUAAUCUGUCUCAAGUGAUAUAGUUUAGAUAGGUUAUUAAUAAUAGAUCCGGUCCCACACAUUACAGUAACAUGAAAGGUGUGAAAAAGAUUUAUCAUCCCGGAACCAAUGUUUUCCGUCAGUGUAAAACUACACGCCUAAUACAUGCCGUUAUAAGUAUGAAAUAUUUAAGUUACGUAUUCCAAGUGGAAGUAGAAGGAGGAAAACUCGUAAUAUAUAAUCCACCAAGUCCAUUAAAAAAAUGCUUUUUUUAAAUUGUGAAUCCAUAUUCAAAUUCUAACAACUAUUCUAGCAAUGUGAUGAUUCUGUUCAGUUCUUAAAUCUACACGAAUGCACUGAUAACUCAUUUCAGGCACUGACACUAACCAGUUAAGAGAUUUAAACAAAGUUAAGAUUGUAUUUUGCGCAGCUUAUUGUGCUGUGAACUUAAGUAGAAAAUUAGGAUGGUUGUUUUUGAAAAUUUCAUACGCGUGUUAUUUUAUUCAGCAGGCUCUCAUAAGUUGCAAACUGUCCGAAAUUGCAUGAAGUAAAAACAGCAUACUUUCAGUAUCAGAAUAACAUUACCUUCGAGCAUUUCUGGUGCAUAGUAUGGUCAAUUUAUAUGGAUUACUAAGGAGAAACUACUAACCCUCGCCAACGAUACCCUGUGGCUAUGUAAUCUAUCUGAGUUCAGCGUUGAUUUGGUGAUGGAGGUCGCCAGGUUACACAAUGUCUCUUUUUGUGCCUAAAGUCAGUGCUGACUAGGAACAGAUGAUUAUCUGAGCGAAACUGUAGAAGACGAUUACCGUUUUCGGUUCGUCGGCAGGGGACUCUAUAUGUACGCCCUGCAUAAUUCUCAGUCUGGCACAACUUCCCUACUUGGGAUAUGAAGUCGCCUGCUAAAACAACUAUACUUAUCCCCCUCUCUCCGGAGUGGAGAGACAGCAUAGGUGGCAUGCUGGUCAUCUCAGGGAAACACCCCACUGCUGUUACACCCUUGUUCCCAGCAGUACGACUUCGCCCUCAGACCUCCAGCAUAGUGUGAGAAAGAUUCUUACACAAUGCCGGUAACUACUUUUAGUCUAAUCGCUAUUCUUACAACCUUCCUGGCGUGGUAGGACCUGAGGGAACAUUGGUUCCAGUCAGUGCAGCUUGUUGGAUCAUAGGGAUGUGGAAGUCAGACCACCACGUCAAGGUAGCAGCUAUCGAUCGGGAUAAGAAGUGAGUACUGAUGGAAAGCUCUCCUGAGAGAACGGAUUCAAAACAUAUGAUUCAUCUUGUCACUCGUAACUACAAAAGCAUUAGGUUAAGUGCCGAUGAAAUGGCUUCAUAUUCGGUUAUUUUGUUUAACUACUGAGGUACUUUUUAACUAAGAAACUGUUUUCGACAUAGAACUUUUAAACUAAGAAACAGUUACAGUAGUUUCUAGCAGAGAUGGUUCCUAAAUGGAAGGGAAAUAUCUAGAGUGAUGAAGCACGUCUGUGACACCUACGGUGUAAAAUAUGACAUAGAUAUGCUGCAACAGCCUUCGAUUUGGAUUUAUUGAAGGACAAAUCAAGCGGUCUACACACACGGAAGUGAUUAAACACGAAGACGUUGUACCUCCACAAUGCACAAGACUGUUUGAAUCGAACAAUUAUUUCGGUCGAAAUGUCAGCAUUUUCGACCAGGUUAAUCAAAAUAAUGCGUGUUUGUUCUUGAGAAGCUUUUUUUGUAACAUGUUUUAAACGUAAUCUUGUUCUAGUGUUAGAAGAUACGCCAUAGUCUGAAAAUGAAGACGCUACAUCCGCAGAGUCGAAAAGCUGCCCAAGAAAAAAAGCAUCUACAUCAUGUGCAACGUGUCGCUAAAAGACAAAAGCAACAUGACGUAAAAAUGAGAAUGCUAAGUAGGUAACAUAUAUGAAUUUUUCAAAAAACAGUUUCGAAAUUAUCUUGGUUCCGUGAUAAUCUACCAAGCGAAUGUUUAUCCAUGAAACAGGAUGAUGUUAAAAAACUUAUUUCGAGAUACUUACAACGUAAUGGAGGAAAGGCGAGCAAUAAAUCACGACCUGUAUCAAUUUCCACCGACAUUAAUAAUCUCUACGUUGAACAAGAAUAUCAAGAGUAUUUGACGUGUGGAAUCGAAAUUCCAGAUUUGGCCUCAAAGCUGAAUGUCGAAAACCUCCGAAUGUGGAAUGGAAACCCUGACAAAGUACAUACGAUUGUCAUGACUACUGUAAGAAGUUCAAAACAAUAGUGUUUGUACAAGUAAAAAAUAUAUUAAUCUGUGAAUGC